AGCUCGAUGAGCGGCCAGUCAGGCUGCUGCAGGAGACACGUAACCCUGGUGCUGUGUCCUCAGAGAGACGGUGGUGGACAUGUCUGUCUCUACUCAGCUGGGACUGUUACUGUGGAAGAACUUCACCUACAGACGGAGACAGACGCUGCAGCUCCUGGUGGAGAUCGCGUGGCCGCUCUUCAUCUUCUUCAUCCUCAUCGCCGUCAGGCUGAACUACCCGCCGUACGAGCAGCAUGAGUGUCACUUCCCCAACAAGGCGAUGCCGUCGGCGGGCACGUUGCCGUGGUUACAGGGCAUCCUGUGUAACGCCAACAACCCGUGUUUCCGCAGCCCGACGCCUGGCGAGUCCCCGGGGGUCGUCGGCAACUUCAACGACUCCAUAAUCUCUCGACUGUUUUCAGACGCCAAGAAGAUUCUCCUCUACAGUCAGAACGACAAGAACCUGGACGGCUUCAAGGAGCUGGCCCACGCCCUGCAGGGCCUCCAGGACAGCCGCUCAGGGUUCAAGCUGAAGCACUUCCUGCGGGACGGAGAGGACCUGACCUCCUUCCUCAUGAGGAACGCCUCCUUCUCCCAGCAGCUCGUCCAGCAGGUCAAAGACGCCGACAUCCACCUGGACAAGGUGCUGCUGAAAGGCUUCGGGGUCCACCUGAGGGACAUGUGUCCCCGUAGCGGAGGACAGCACCAUCUGGACGACUUUGUGACGAUCUCGGACCCUCAGACCGCCGCCCUCAUACAGGAAGUCAUCUGCCAAGCCCCGCCCCUCUGGCUCAACCUCGCCGAGGAGAACUUCCUGAACAACCUGGACUUCCUGAAACCCAUCCAGGGGGACGUGACCUCCGACCCUGAAGCCGUCAAACUGGUCGCCAAGGCAACCAACAAGCUGCUGGACAGUCUGGGGUCUCUGGCCGUCGAGCUGGCCGGUAUGAAGAGCUGGGUGGACCUGAGGAACGAGAUCGUGUUCCUGACGGAGAACGCCACCUCGUCGCCCAGCGCCAUGUACCAGGCCGUCUCCAGGAUCGUGUGCGGUCACCCGGAGGGCGGCGGCCUGCAGAUCAAGUCCCUCAACUGGUACGAAGACAGCAACUACAAGGCUCUGUUCGGCAACCACAACAGCAGCGAGGACGAGCCGGCCGCGCUCUACGACAACUCCUCCACUCCGUUCUGUAACAGUCUGGUGAGGAACAUGGACUCCAACCCGAUGUCCAGGAUGAUCUGGCAGGCCCUGAAGCCCCUCCUCCUGGGCAAGAUCCUCUACACCCCCCACACACCUGCUACCCAGAGGGUCAUACACGAGGUGAACCGGACCUUCCAGGAGCUCGGUGUGUUCAGGGACCUGGGCGGGAUGUGGGAGGAGAUGAGACCUAAAGUUUGGAGCUUCAUGGAGAACAGCGAGCAGGUGGACCUGAUCCGGACGCUGCUGAGGAACAACGUCACCGCCGGGUUCUUCCACGCUCAGCUCGCCAGCACCGGCUGGACCGUCGCCGACAUUUCCAACUUCCUGUCCAAGAAGGCGGGGCCUCGCUCGCCGGGCGCCGCCGUCACCUGGAGGGAGGUGUUCAACGAGACGGACCAGGCCAUCAUGAGCAUCUCCCGAUUCAUGGAGUGUGUGAACCUGGAUAAACUGGAGCCGGUGUCCAGUGAGGAGAAGCUGGUGAACCUGUCUAUGGUGCUGUUGGAGGACCGGCGGUUCUGGGCCGGGAUCGUGUUCCCAGAUGUUGAACCCAACGCCACGGAGCUGCCACACAACCUCCACUACAAGAUCCGCAUGGACAUAGACAACGUAGAGAGGACCAACAAGAUCAAGGACGCGUACUGGGACCCCGGUCCCCGGGCGGACCCCUUUGAGGACAUGCGGUACGUGUGGGGGGGCUUCUCCUACCUGCAGGACGUGAUCGAGCAAGGCAUCAUCAGAGCCGUGACGGGGACCAAGGAGAAGACGGGGGUCUACAUCCAGCAGAUGCCCUACCCCUGCUACGUGGACGACAUCUUCCUGCGUGUGAUGAGCCGCUCCAUGCCUCUCUUCAUGACUCUGGCCUGGAUGUACUCUGUGGCCAUCAUCCUGAAGUCGGUGGUGUAUGAGAAGGAGGCUCGUCUGAAGGAGACCAUGAGGAUCAUGGGACUCAACAACAGCGUCCUGUGGUUCAGCUGGUUCAUCAGCUGCCUGCUCCCCCUGCUGGCCAGCGCCGCGCUGCUGGUGCUGCUGCUCAAGAAGGGGAACCUGCUGCCGUACAGCGACCCCGGCGUGGUCUUCCUGUUCAUGGGCUCGUUCGCCGUGGUAACCAUCAUGCAGUGCUUCCUGCUCAGCACGGCGUUCGCCCGCGCCAACCUGGCGGCGGCGUGCGGCGGGAUCAUCUACUUCACGCUCUACCUGCCCUACGUCCUCUGUGUGGCCUGGCAGGACUACAUCGGCUUCGGCGCCAAAGUCUUCGCCAGCCUCCUGUCCCCCGUGGCGUUCGGGUUCGGCUGUGAGUACUUUGCUCUGUUUGAGGAGCAGGGCGUGGGCAUCCAGUGGUCCAACCUGGUGUCCAGCCCGCUGGAGGAGGACGACUUCAGCCUGAGGACGGCCAUCAUCAUGAUGUACGCAGACUCCGUCCUCUACGGACUCCUCACCUGGUACCUGGAGGCCGUCUUCCCAGGUCAGUACGGGAUCCCUCGUCCCUGGUUCUUCCCCUUCACCAAGUCUUACUGGUUCGGAGAGACAGACGAGAAGUCGGGUAAAGUCCCUCUGAGACGGAAGGGGAACGCUGCAGCGGUGUGUAUGGAGGAGGAGCCGACCCACCUACAGCCCGGAGUCUUCAUCGAGAACCUGGUGAAGGUCUACAGACACGGCAAGAAGCUCGCCGUGGACGGACUCACACUCGGCUUCUACGAGGGACAGAUCACCUCCUUCCUGGGACACAACGGGGCCGGCAAGACCACCACCAUGUCCAUCCUGACCGGUCUCUUCCCGCCGACCUCGGGGACGGCCUACAUCCUGGGCAGAGACAUCCGGACCGAGCUGAGCGCCAUCAGACAGAGUCUGGGCGUCUGUCCCCAACACAACGUCCUCUUUAGCAUGCUGACGGUAGAGGAGCACAUCUGGUUCUACGGCCGUCUGAAGGGUUUGUCUGAGCAGCAGGUGAAGGGUGAGAUCGAGCAGAUCCUGAGGGACACGGGUCUCCCCCACAAGAGGACGUCCCGGGCCAGCGAGCUGUCCGGCGGCAUGCAGAGGAAGCUGUCGGUGGCGCUGGCCUUCGUGGGCGGGUCCAAGGUGGUGAUCCUGGACGAGCCCACGGCCGGCGUGGACCCGUACGCCCGCCGCGGGAUCUGGGACCUGCUGCUGAAGUACCGGCAGGGACGCACCAUCAUCCUGUCCACUCACCACAUGGACGAGGCGGACAUCCUGGGGGACAGGAUCGCCAUCAUCUCCCACGGGAAGCUCUGCUGCGUUGGCUCCUCCCUCUACCUGAAGAACCAGCUGGGCAACGGAUACUACCUGACCCUGGUCAAGAAGGAGCCGGAGGCCUCCCUCAGCUCCGCAAGGAACUCCUCCAGCAACCUGUCCUUCAAGAAGGAGGAGGAGUCUGCGUCCGUCAGCAGCAGUGACGCUGGACUCGGCAGCGAUCAUGAAAGUGAGGCAGCGACCAUCGGUGAGCAGAACGUCCCCGCGGCGUCCACGGUCCCCUUCGUGCCUCCGGACGUGUCCCUGGUGUCUGGGCUGAUCCUGUGCCACGUCCCGGCCGCCCGGCUGGUGGAGGACCUGGGACACGAGCUCACCUACGUGCUGCCGUACAGCGCCGCCAAGGACGGCGCCUUCGUGGAGCUGUUCAGGGACCUGGACCUGAGGCUGCCCGACCUCGGCAUCUCCAGCUACGGCGUGUCGGACACCACGCUGGAGGAGAUCUUCCUGAAAGUGGCCGAAGAUAACGGAGUCGACACCGAAGUACCCUCAGACGGGACACUUCCUGUCCCGCGGCGUCGGAGGACGCACGCCUUCGGAGGCGGAGACACUCAGAGCUGCCUGAGGCCGCUGACAGAGGACGACAACAACGAGGGCAACGAGUCCGAGGGAGACCCAGCAGAGUGCCGUGAGACAGACUGGCUGCAGGCGUCUGGCGGUAAGGGCUCGGUGGCGGUGAGGGGGUGGAGCCUGCGGCGGCAGCAGUUUGUGGCUCUGAUGUGGAAGCGUUUCCUGUACGCUCGCCGCUCCAGGAAAGGCUUCUUCGCUCAGAUCGUCCUCCCCGCCGUCUUCGUCUGCAUCGCUCUCGUCUUCAGUCUCAUCGUCCCUCCGUUUGGAAAAUACCCGAGUCUGGAGCUGCAGCCCUGGAUGUACGAGGACCAGGUCACCUUCAUCAGUGACGACGCCCCCGGAGACGCCAACAUGCAGAGGUUACUGAGCGCCCUGUUGGACGCUCCGGGCCUGGGGACACGCUGCAUGGACGGACACCCCAUACCGGACGCUCCCUGUACGAUGGGGGACGAGGACUGGAGGACGCCGGACGUCCCUGAGAGCGUCCAGCAGCUGUUCAGCUCGGGGAACUGGACCAUGGAGGACCCGUCCCCGGCGUGCUCCUGCAGCUGCCACGGCAACAAGAAGAUGCUGCCGGACUGUCCGCCGGGAGCCGGAGGGCUGCCGCCGCCCGAGAUGAAGCUGAGCGCCACAGACUCUCUACAGAACCUGACAGGAAGAAACAUCUCAGACUACCUGGUGAAAACAUACGCUGAGAUCAUCGGCAAGAGCCUGAAGAAUAAAGUUUGGGUGAACGAGUUCAGGUACGGAGGAUUCUCAUUGGGCGCCCGGAGCACGCAGGUCCUCCCGCCGGCCAAUGAGGUCGACGACGCCAUCGAACGCGUCCGCAAGAUCUUUGAGUUACAAAAGGGCGCGGCAGCGGAUCGUUUCCUCGACAGUUUGUCUGGUUUCAUCAACGGUUUGGACACGAAGAACAACGUGAAGAUCUGGUUCAACAACAAAGGCUGGCACAGUAUCGGCGCCUUCAUCAACGUGAUGAACAACGGCAUCCUGAGGGCGAAUCUACCUGCAGACAGAGACCCUCACCUGUACGGGAUCAGAGCCUUCAACCACCCGCUGAACCUCACCAAGGAGCAGCUGAGCCAGGUGGCCCUGGUGACGACCUCGGUGGACGUCCUGGUGUCCAUCUGUGUGAUCUUCGCCAUGUCCUUCGUCCCCGCCAGCUUUGUGGUGUUUCUGAUCCAGGAACGAGUCAGCAAGGCCAAACACAUGCAGUUCAUCAGUGGAGUCCAACCGCUGCUGUACUGGAGCGCCAACUUCAUCUGGGACAUGUGUAACUACGUCGUCCCGGCAACGCUGGUCGUUCUGAUCUUCGUGUGUUUCCAACAAAAAGCGUACGUCUCCUCCACCAACCUGCCGGUCCUCGCCCUGCUGCUGCUGCUCUACGGCUGGUCCAUCACGCCCCUCAUGUAUCCGGCCUCGUUCUUCUUUAAGAUCCCCAGCACGGCCUACGUGGUUCUGACCAGCGUCAACAUCCUCAUCGGCAUCAACGGCAGCAUCUCCACCUUCGUCAUGGAGCUGUUCGGGAACAACGAGAUCGGGGGCAUCAACGACGUGCUGAAGAACGUUCUGCUGAUCUUCCCUCACUUCUGUCUGGGCCGCGGCCUCAUCGACAUGGUGAAGAACCAGGCCAUGGCCGACGCCCUCGAGAGAUUCGGAGAGAACCGGUUCCGCUCACCGCUGGAGUGGGACAUGGUCGGCAAGAACCUGUUCGCCAUGGCGAUGGAGGGCGUGGUCUUCUUCAUCAUCACCGUCCUCAUCCAGUACCGCUUCUGUAUCAAACCCAGGCCGGUCAGUACGCUCACUAAGCUGGGUCCUCUGGGGGACGAGGACGAGGACGUGGCCCGGGAGAGACAGAGGAUCGUCCACGGCCUGGGACACGGAGACAUCCUGGAGCUGAGACAGCUCACCAAGGUGUUUAAGAGGAAACAGAAGCCGGCCGUUGAUCGACUGUGUGUCGGGAUUCCACCUGGAGAGUGCUUCGGGCUGCUUGGGGUUAACGGCGCCGGAAAGACGACGACCUUUAAGAUGCUGACUGGAGACACGCUGGUGACCAGCGGGGAGGCCUUCCUGGCCGGGAAGAGCAUCCUGAGGGAGAUCGAUCAGGUUCACCAGAACAUGGGCUACUGUCCUCAGUUUGACUCCAUCAACGACCUGCUGACAGGAAGAGAACACCUGGAGCUGUACGCCGUGCUGAGGGGCGUCCCCGAGAAGGAAGUCUGUGACGUGGCGGAGUGGGGCAUCAGGAAGCUGGGUCUGGUGAAAUACGCUGAUAAAGCAGCAGGAAGUUACAGCGGAGGGAACAUGAGGAAGCUGUCCACCGCCAUGGCGCUGAUCGGAGCGCCGCCCGUCGUCUUCCUGGACGAGCCCACCACCGGCAUGGACCCUAAGGCUCGCCGCGCCCUCUGGAACUGCAUCCACAGCAUCAUCAAGGAGGGACGCUCCGUCGUCCUCACGUCCCACAGCAUGGAGGAGUGUGAGGCUCUGUGUACCCGGAUGGCCAUCAUGGUGAACGGCAGGUUCAGAUGUCUGGGCAGCGUCCAACACCUGAAGAACAGGUUCGGGGACGGCUACACCAUCAUCCUGCGGGUGGCGGGUCCUGACGCCGACCUCCAGCCGGUGAUGAAGUUCAUCGAGUCGGAGCUGAGCGGCUCCACGCUGAAGGAGAAACACCGGAACAUGCUGCAGUACCAGCUGCCCUCCUCCCUCACCUCCCUCACCCACAUCUUCAACAUCCUGUCCACCAACAAGGACACGCUGAGGAUAGAGGACUACUCCGUCACCCAGACCACCCUGGACCAGGUGUUUGUGAACUUUGCGAAGGACCAGAGUGACGACUAUCACUCCAAAGACUCGGUGAGGCGGCGAGACGUGGCCAUCGAGAUCGCCACGCUGAGCGGCGGUGCCGCGGCGGCGGCGGAGGGCGGGGCCACGCUGAGGGAGAGCGUCAUGUGACCGCGUGGCGGCGUGCUAAAGACUCGACCCGCGGCGGCGAGGAAACCUCCUCCCGCCGUGAUGUCAUACUGAUUAGAGGGCGGAGCCUCCUGCCGCCUCACGCCACUCAAUGCAAGUGAUUCCUGCGACGGCGGCGGCGCCGGACGCCGAGUCAAAGAAACUUGAACGAGUUCAGACUUCCUGCUGAGUUCUUCUUCUUCUUCUCUUGAUUGAUCGUCAGGGUCUGUUUUUAUAACCAACGAUGAAGAAUCCAAAUCAUUUCAGACGGCCGAGCGACUGCAACAAUCACUUUAAACGUUUGAUUCCGUUUUUACCUUUUAAAACUUUUAUUUAUACGUGUAAUUAGUCAUUUUAUUUUAGCGGGGCAUUACCGUUUCCUGUAGCCUCUAACAGCCAAUCACGGUGCUCCAUCUAACAGCCAAUCACGGUGCUCGAAGCACCAGAAGACAAAGACUGAUUUUGUAGUUUUUUAAAGAAAGAAAACGUGUCUGGGAGAUAAAAUACCUCGUCAGCUCCCGACUCACACUACGGACCAGCUGAUCAAUCAGCUGAUCGAUCAGCUUAUUGGUCAGCUGGUCGACGAGGGGCGGAGCCUCAGCACUUUAACACCUCGUCAUGUUCUUGUUGUUGUUGUUGUUUAUCUGAUCGUCAUGUUGUUGAUUGAUGAAACGAGCUGUUACGACCCUGAACACAAUAAACAAACAAAUCCAA